AUGUCGUUUGUUUCACAUGAUCUGGAAUCGCGUAAAAGGCAUCUCCGACAGUUAGCAGCUAAACAACAGGAGCUAUCAGAGACACUGGAAAGUUUGGAGACACAAAUUUAUAAUUUUGAAGCUUCAUAUCUACAAGAAACAAGCGAUUUAGGAAACAUUGUCAAAGGUAAGGUACAGGUUCAUAUUUUUGUUAUAUCUUUAGAAUUCAACAAUUAAAAUUAAGAUCCUCUUUAGGAUUUGAAGGAUAUGACAUAGCGAAUCCAAAUCCAAUACCAGCUCCGCCGCCAGUAGGACAGAAACGGGCAUUCACCGAGGAAGAUCGUAUCUUCUCCUUGACAUCCGUAACGUCGCCAGUUUGGGAGCGGAUUAAAGACCCGAACUACAAGAUUCCAAUUGAUCCACGGCCGACGACUUCUACCAAAUCAACUGACAUGUCUACACCGCCUAGUUCAGCGCCUCCUACGCCUGGCCCGGCUUUGAAAAAGUUGAAAUUAUCAAAAGUUGAGGAAGAUGAAGACGAAAAACCGCCAAAAAAACUGAGAGGACGAACGCCACGAAGGAAACGGAACGCUAACAAAGAGUAAGUAGAUAGACUAACAAGGGAAUGUUACAAACUGCCCAUUCGAUUUUUAAAAGUGAAUGGUACCAUGUGAAAGAGCGUAAAAAGUUGACUAGAAGUCUAUUUUCAAAAACUGCUAAUUUUGCCUUACAAGCCCGCUAGCGAGAUUUUAAAAUCAUUAGUGAAAGGGCCUUAUAAGUUGUUAUUCUUUCUUUUGGAUUAUUGUAUUUUUAAAAACCUUAGUUUUUACUUUUUUUUAUAUUUUAUUAGACGUAAGAAGCCAUUAUCAACAAAAAAAUCUUUUUUUUGAAUAUUUAAGUUAAUUAACUUUUAAAUAAAAAAGAAUACCAAUCAUUUACCCAAAAAGAGAAUCGAAACUAAAGUCCAUUGAUUGCGCAAUCACGGCGUCCGACCAUUCGGCCAUUUGAACACAUUUACUUCUCUUUUUUGAAAGAAGCCAAAAGAAAGCGGGUUUAAAAAAUCCGUUUUGGUAGUAAAAAUUUUAAAAGCUCGCUAGCGGGCUUGUAAAGCAAAAUUAGCAGUUUUUGAAAAUAGAUUUUUAGUCAACUUUUUACGCUCUUUUACAUGGUACCAUUCAUUUAUAAAAACCGAAUGGGCAGUUUGUAACAUUUCCUUGUAAGAUGUUUUUAGUAUUUUUUGAUUGUAUUUUGUUUUAAAUUUGGCUUUUAUAACUUUUUUACAAAGAUUUUUAGACAAAGAUAUGAAAAAAGAUUUGUUACCUAAAAAAGCCUAUAUUUUCAGAUAA